CCAGCGAGCGACAGGGACAACAAGAGCCGCUGCGCCCGGAUCCACGGAAUAUAAACCAUCAGACUGUCCGUGUCAACACACCCUCGGCGGACUCAAAGAGGAUUUCUGCACUUUGCGUACAUGUAGAGAUUACCAGCUUGCCAUCAUGACGGCUAAGGAGAUCUUAAAUGUAAAGGAAGUGGAGAUCAUUAAGGUGAUCCUAGACUUCCUGAACUCGCGUAAGCUGCACAUUAGCAUGCUAGCCCUGGAGAAAGAGAGCGGCGUCAUCAACGGCCUGUAUUCAGAUGACAUGCUCUUCCUCAGACAGCUAAUUUUGGAUGGACAGUGGGAUGAAGUGUUGCAGUUUAUUCAGCCUCUUGAGUGUCUGGAUAAAUUUGACAGGAAAAGAUUCCGGUACAUUGUUCAUAAACAGAAGUUUCUUGAAGCUUUGUGUGUGAACAACGCCAUGUCUGCUGAAGAUGAGCCACAGCAUUUGGAGCUGACCAUGCAGGAGGCUGUGAAGUGUUUACACUCGCUGGAGGAGUUUUGUCCAUCUAAAGAGGACUACAGUAAACUUUGUCUACUCCUGACCCUACCCCGCCUCACCAACCACGCCGAGUUCAAGGACUGGAACCCCAGUACGGCACGCGUGCAGUGUUUCGAGGAGGCUUGCGUCAUGGUGGCAGAGUUUAUUCCGGCUGACCGAAAGCUGAGUGAGGCGGGGUUUCGUGCCAGCUCCAACCGUCUAUUCCAGCUGCUCAUUAAAGGUGUUCUUUACGAGUGCUGUGUGGAGUUCUGUCAGAGCAAAGCUACAGGAGAGGAGAUCACUGAGAGUGAGGUUCUUCUGGGCAUAGACAUGUUGUGCGGGAACGGCUGUGAUGACUUGGACCUCAGUUUGCUCUCUUGGCUCCAGAACCUGUCUCCCAAUGUCUUCUCCUGUGCGUUUGAGCAGAAGAUGCUCAGUAUCCAUGUAGAUCGUCUUGUUAAACCUGCUAAGGCUGCGUACGGCGACCUCCUUACUCCACUGAUCAGCAAGCUCUCCCCUUACCCCGCCUCCCCUCUGCGACGCCCACAGUCUGCAGACACAUACAUGUCUCGCUCUCUGAAUCCAGCAUUGGACGGCCUUUCCUUUGGCCUCUCUGGACAGGAGAAGAGAGGUGCAGGACCAGAUGGGGGGAAAACCUCAUCCAUGUCGCACUCGUUUGCUAACUUUCAGCACCUGAACCGCAGUAUGAUGAUGGAGAACUCAGGAUGUCACAGCAUCUUUGAGGAGUCACCUGAGAGCUCCAGAACUGAAACUCCAUCUGAUAAAAUGAUGAGCUCACCUGGUCCUCAAAACUCACGCCCAGUCUCUGCACCAGGUCAGGAUGCCCCUGUGCCCGGUUCUGCAGAAAAGAAUGAGGUGACAGAAGCAGUCCUGCCAGGUAGUAGCUCAGACAGAGCAGGAAGAGAGGCAGGUGGAGAGGCAGGGUCACAGGUGACAGAAGCAGUCCUGCCAGGUAGUAGCUCAGACAGAGCAGAAAGAGAGGCAGGUGGAGAGGCAGGGUCACAGCUGCGUGAGUCAACUGAGCAGUUUCAGGAAUUCUACCGCCAGCGUUUGCGUGUUCAGCAGCACCUUGAACAGAAACAGCAGCAGCGGGAACUCUACCAGCAGAUGCUGCAAGAGGGCGGAGUCCAGCAGCAAGAGGCCCCGCCCACCACUAAGCACAAUCUCACAGAGACCUUCCUUUCCAGGUCUAUUCAAAGACUGGAGGAGCUCAAUGUGGGGAUGGAUGAUUUGGGAGAAGAGGUGCAGGCUCUCUCUCAGCAGUGUAAUGGUGGUGGUAAUAACAUCAAUGUGUCAAGAGAUGCUUCACCUAUGCCACAGACACAGGAGGGAGGUGGAGGAGCCGGUGAUGUGGUCACCACCACUCCUCAGAGGUCAGCAGUGAAAGAAGCCCUCCCUCCACCCAGCCAGUCCCCUGUGCUGCUCCAGAGUGCUCAGAAAGACAAGACUGGAGAGAAUGAUGACAGUUUGACUUGCUCUAAAGGCCCAGAGAAAGAGAAGUCUAAAGCUAAGUUUGUGAUGGUGAACACACUGGAGGAUACACAGGCUGUGCGCGCAGUGGCCUUCCACCCCACAGGGUCAUUAUACGCGGUUGGCUCCAACUCUAAGACACUCCGUGUGUGUGCUUACCCUGAUACACUGGACAUGAGUGGUUCUGGUGCAAGUAAGCCUCCCGUAAUCCGCUUCAAGAGGAACAAACAUCACAAAGGCUCCAUAUAUUGUGUGGCCUGGAGUCACUGUGGUCAGUUAUUGGCCACUGGCUCUAAUGACAAAUUUGUCAAAGUGCUGCCCUUCAACCCAGAAACCUGCAAUGCUACAGGUCCUGAUCUGGAGUUUAGUAUGCAUGAUGGGACCAUCAGAGAUUUGGCGUUUAUGGAGGGUCCUGAGAGUGGAGGAGCCAUUUUAAUCAGUGCAGGAGCUGGAGAUUGUAACAUCUACACAACUGACUGCCAGCGAGGACAGGGCCUGCACGCGCUGAGCGGACACACAGGUCAUAUCCUGUCUCUGUACACAUGGGGGGGAUGGAUGAUAGCGUCUGGCUCUCAGGACAAGACGGUGCGUUUCUGGGACCUGCGGGUGCCCAGCUGUGUGAGAGUGGUGGGGACGGCCUUCCACGGCUCAGGCAGCCCCGUGGCAUCAGUGGCAGUGGACCCAAGCGGGCGUCUGCUGGCAGCAGGGCUGGAAGACAGCUCUUGUAUGCUGUAUGACAUCAGAGGUGGACGCAUGGUUCAGACGUACCAACCGCACUCCAGUGAUGUCCGAUCUGUGCGUUUCUCUCCUGGGGCCCAUUACCUGCUCACAGGAUCUUACGACAACAAGGUCAUCAUCACUGACCUGCAAGGGGACUUGACGAAGCAGCUGCCGUUGACAGUAGUGGGAGAGCAUGCUGAUAAGGUGAUCCAGUGCAGGUGGCACACACAUGACCUCUCCUUUCUGUCCUCCUCCGCUGACCGCACAGUCACACUCUGGACCCAGGCCACGUAGAACCAGCGCCGACUCUAGGAGACAACACACUCGCAUACACUGCAAGAAGUCUGAAGGAAUGGAAAUGUGAAUGUGUACAUAUGUUUGUGGCACUGUGUAAACAUAGGUGUGUAUGUAUUUAUUUUGUGCUCCUAGACCCCCUGUUGUUUCACAAUGUAUGAAUGAGAUCUUCAAUGUAAACCCUAUUAAUGUACAUAUUAGCGGAUGUGAUUGCCAGUGCCACUUGUGUGAGUCUGUGUGUGUGCAUGUGUGUAUGUCUGAUAUUUGUAAUGGCACUGAUCCAUAUUGGGAUCUGAUGCUAUAGUGUGCUUGGCUAUUCGUGUACUCCCAUUAACCUCUAACACUCGGUUAAACACAGACGCAGUGGUUUCAUGUGAUACUGUGGCCUUCUUUGGAUUUUAAAGCAUCUCUUUGUCCACGCUGCAUUCACAUCCACAUCAAAGCACAUCCAUACCUUGCUGUUUAAAUGCAGCCUCUGGAAAUAAAUUCUGAUGUUUAGUGUCCUAUUAUUUAUUUAAGUUAUUAAUUUCUAAUGUAUAACAUGCCCGCUCAAUGCAGACAUUAUGAAUGGAGCGUGUUUGAGUGGUAGGUGUACCCAGUGUCCAAAGUUUGUGCUUGGCUGAAAUAUGAAAAUUAUACGAACUCCUGCAAAUACUGUAUCAAACUUCAGCUGCUUGCUGUGCAAAUAUCAAAAGCAAAGUCCAUUUAAACUGCCUUUGUAAAUGCUGUCAAUUAAGUCUGUUAUUUUAAGUGGUUUAUGUUUGAAUCUCACUGUUUUUGCUUGAAAGGGUUUACAGCCCUUGUGAGUGCCUCUUAAAUUGAUGGCAUGGAUCAAAGUAUUUUAAACGUAAUAUGUAUGUGUAACGGGGUUCAUAGGUUGGGUAAGGAGGAGGCGGGAACCGGCAGAACAGUCAGCAUAACCUUAAUGACAUAAAUGCACGCACACACACACACGCACACACACACAGCGGUGUGUGUGUGUGUGUGUGUGUGUGUGUCUCUCUCUCUCUCUCUCUCUCUCUCUCUCUCUCUCUCUCUCUCUCUCUCUCUCUCUCUCUCUCUCUCUCUCUCUCUCUCUCUCUCUCUCUCUCUCUCUCGAACUGGCGCCUCCAGUUUUUCUUUAUCCCCCUCCCGGCUGAUUAGGACAAUUCAGCGCCGGGCGUGCAUCCUCUCGGCCCGGCCACGCCCUUCUCCUCAUCACAGUAUCCUAUAAAGUCUUCAGUCUAUACAUUGUGCUAAAGACAAAUUAAAUUAAAUGUUUUGGGGCAUUUGUGCAAAGCUCAGUUAAGCAUACACAAAUUACUGUGCGAGACUUUUUGUUUCUUAUAUUCCUUUCUUAUUUUGAAUUGCACUUUGUUUUUGGUUGUCUGUGUUGUAUAUUUUUUAAUGAUGUAGAUUUUAUUAUUUAAUCCUAAUUAGUUUUGUUGUUACAAAUAGGUUUUAAAUUAAAGCCAAACUAAACUUUUUUUUUGUCACAUUUUAAACAUUUAUGGUGACAAAACAGCCCUCACUAAAGUCAAAUACAGUAGUGAAAUGUUAUUUCUGUAUCCUUUCUUAAAUCAUACUUGGAUAAAGGGACUACUACAGUAAAGGCUCAUGGGAAAUGUCUGCUGUUUUUGUGUGAAAUAAAAUCUGAAAGUCCUUCUCUA